AUGGGCGUACUCCCAUUUCGCAGUCGUCCCUACGCACCCAAUCGUGCGAUCAUCUCGACACGCGCCGUCGUAACCUUCGCACUGCUCCUCCUCCUCCUCCUCCUCCUGCUGCUCCGCUACCACCAACAUCCCGAAGCAGACGCAUCACCAACCCCCUACACCAAAGCCCUCGUAGUAGCAUCCACCUCGGCCACGGCGCCCAACGCGACAGCCUGGCUCCCCGACGUCCCGCCGGGCUGGGCUGUGUACCACUACAUCACGGAUGACGCAGCGCCCGCGCCGCCGGCCCUCCCCGUGCCGGCCGACCGGGGCAACGAGGCCAUGGCGUACCUAACGUACAUCAUCGACGGGUACGCGGCGCUCCCGGACGUCGUCUACUUCCACCACGGGCACUACCGGUCGUGGCACCAGGCGCUGGACUCGGUCUCCGAGGUGCGCGGCCUGCGGGCUGAGCAUGUCGUCGAGCGUGGGUACGUCUCGCCGAGGUGUGUGGCAGGGUGCGAGAACGUCAUGCCGGUCUCGUCGGACGCCGUGGGGCUGGGGAACCUACACCUCGUAGCUCGCGAUGUGAGGUUGAGGACAUUCCUGGGGGAGUUCCUGGAUGCGGGCGAGGAGAUCCCGGAGAAGAUUGCGGCGCCGUGUUGUGCGCAGUUUGUUGUCAGCCGGGAUGCGAUAAGGUCGAGGAGCUUGGGGUGGUGGAGGGGCAUGCGAAAUUGGCUUAUGAAUACUUCGCUAUCGAGUUAUGACAGUGGAAGGUUAUUGGAAUGGACUUGGCAUAUCUGGUUUGGUGAGGCGCCGCAGUUGUGA